GUUGGGGGGGGGAUGAGCCGGGGCGCUGCGGGGAGCCCGCACCGCUGCUCUCCGCUCCUCUCCGCACCGCAGCCAUGGCCCCGCGCCUGCUGGCAGCGCUCCUGGACCAAGAGCCCGAAGCGCUGGGGAUGUCACUUGGCCAAGGUGACUUGGCAGCCAAGAGCGGGCUCUGAAGUCCUGGCUCCAGCCCCCUGCCCUGCCCACAGCAGUCGCUACCAUCACCAGAGCUUCCUCCUGCCAGCACUGCGCCUGCACCCCGCUUUGCCCUGCUCCGCGAGCGGGGACCGCUGCUGCCUGCCUGCUAACGGGAGCCCUAGGGAAGCAAUGCACUGCUUCAACGCCAGCACGCCUGCCGACAGGUUUGCAUGUCUUCGCCAUCGUCUUCGCCUUGGAGGUGUCGGUGGGGAAGACCAACACUGUGAUGGCUCUGAAUAACUCUGAUGUCCUGCUGCCCUGCACCUUCACCACCUGCAUAGGCUUCCAGGACCUGGUCUUCACGUGGUAUUUCAACUCGACAGAGAAGAUUUACACCGGCAAGAUAAAGAGCAAAGCCUCGGAGCCCGUUGUCGUGGGAGGGAACCCGCGGGUUGAGUUCGUCGGCUCCACCACUGGGAAGGAAAACAACAUCUCCAUCGUCCUGAAGAACGUGGAGUUCAGCGAUGCUGGGAAAUACACCUGCCACGUCAAGAACCCCAAGGAGAAGAACGCGCAGCACAAUGCCACCAUCUUCCUCACGGUGGUCCAGAAGAUGGUGGAGACAGACAACACACUGACGCUCAUCAUCGUGGGCGUUGUAGGGGGGCUCAUCGGCCUCCUCAUCCUCUUCAUGCUCAUCAAGAGGGUUGUCCUGUUCAUCAUCAAGAAGACCCAGGAUGGGAAGAAGGAAUGUCUCGUGAGCUCGUCAGGGAACGACAACACCGAGAACGGCUUGGCUGGCUCCAAGGCAGAACAAAAAGCACCACCAAAGGCAUGAAGCGGCGGCGCCCCGAACCCCAGCCCGCCGGGCAGCGGGGAGGGUGGGCAGGGGCACCAGCCUUUCCCUUUUGUUUUCUUUCCAAACUGCCAACGCUUGAGACAUGUUUCGAUUACACACGUGCCUGCGACCUGCACUGCUUCUUGAAAAAGACUUCGGCUGCCAUGGAGAAUGGGAGCUGCUUGUGGACUCGGACUGGGACACCGCUGGGAUGGAGGGAGCUGCCUGCUCCGCUCUGAGCGAAGGCAAGACGGGGCUGGGUGGGCAGGGAAGGGACCGCGUGCUGGGAAGCGCCCUGGGCUGCAGCCGGGAGAGUGCUGUGCUGUGCUCCGAGGGAUGGUGGGCGGCCGGAGGUCCUGGCAUGCCGGGGGUUUGGGGCUGUGAGGAGCUUGGGGUGUCUUGUCUGGUGCUGGUGACACUGAGGUGGAACGGGCCGGAGCUGCCAGCCUCGCACAGGUGGUUUCUGGAGCAGAGAAGGAUGCACAAAACUCGCUGCAGAGACAGCUGCGUUUCUCAUGGGUGGGUUUGGGAGGGAGGGAGGGAGGGAGCAGGGCUGUUGUGAUGUGGCUUUUCUGUUCAAUCCGCUUGAGAAGCACAUCAGGCAAGGCUCCUUGCUGGCAGGGCUCUCAUCUCUGCUCCUGCGUGCCUCGGUUGCUCCCGUGGCAGGGCUGAGGGGCAGUGGCUGGGGUGGCUCUGCCCCAGGGUCGCUGCUCGCCAGCAGUGGGAGCAAAGGGGGCGAAGCUCCACGUGCCACACUUGCUUUGUCCCCGAGCCAACCUUCUCGGGACGUGCUCUCCGUGUUCCUGCUGCUGCUGCUCCUCCUCCCCUCUUUUUAGAGCUCAGCACGCGGAGCAGCGCUGCUUUCGAUGCUGACUCGCCAAGGCUUAGCUCACGGCGCGGAUAUGUUUGUUAUUAGACCCCAGUGGGCGAACGGCUGAUUGCAUUUCCCUUUCACACGGGGGGAACUGUGGCACCCCAUCCGCGAUGCCGGGAGGGAGUGUGUCGGCCUGCUGGGUGACCUUGGGCGAGUCUCUCAGCCUCUCCAUGCCUCAGUUUCCCCAUCUGUAAAAUGGGGAUAAUAAUACUGCUCUACCUCACGGGGGUUGUUGUGAGGCUUCAGUGGCUGAUAUUUGCAGAGUGCUUUGAGAUCCUUGGAUGAAGGGAUGAGAAAGGCGGAGGAUCUCUGUGGAGGGUACCCGCGGUGGGGGUGUAGCAAACCCAUCGCCCUUCCCAAGCAGGACACGAAGGGGACGAGCUGGUCCUGCAGCUGAAGGACAAUGUCCUUUACCAUGCGAUUCGUUCCCCGUUUCUCCUUCAUUUGUGGGUGUCUGUCAGUGAAGCUGCAGGACCGGCAGCUCCCCCAUCCCCACUUGAAAUGGGGAAUCAGAGCUCAGCCCUCACAGAGGCGCCGGAGUGGGAGGUAGGUGAGGAUUUUGAUGGGCCAGGCAAGCGAGGAAAGGUGAGGUGCUGCCUUCUGGGGAGCCCUGGGGAGAGGUCCCAUCCUGGCUGUGGGGCUGGUGGUACAGAGAGCACUUUGUAGCCUUUUCCCGCUGGCUGCAUCCCGGGUGGCUGCAGGGGCACCUGCUGGAGCACAGCCCUGCGUGUGUGGGGCAGGGGACGCGCACAGAUCCCCAUCCCCGGGCAGGUUUCCUUGGCUGGUGGUUAGUCUGGCACGUGGGGGUCAGAUGCUGGGGAUCCCGGUCCCCUCUUUGAGGAUGCUUGGGGCCCUCGGGUGAAUCGUUGGACUCCUCUGCGCUUCACUUUCCCCAUGCGUAAAAUGGGCUCCGUGAACCUGACCUACCUCACAGGAGGUGGGGAGCUCCCCGCAUCGCUGUGCAAAGCGCCCCGAGACCCCGGGGGCGAAAGGCACUCUGUAAAUGCCAAUUAUUGUCAACAUGUCAUCGUCACGCACCACAGCGGGCAGGAAGGCGUGAGACCUCCCAGUUGCCCCAGAGCCCCCCCCCAGCCCAUCCUUGGAGGAAACCUCCUGCGGGAGAGGACGGUGAGGGGAGGAAGGGAUUUUUUUAACGAAUUAUUUUUAGCUGUCCUAACUUCUUGGCCUUUUUUAGACGGUAUCUGGACACGGUUCCACUUACCACAGGGUAUGCAAUGCUCUACUAUGCAUGGAUUACUCCUCUGGCUUGACGGAAGAAGUCAGCAUAACCAGUUUUUGGAAUGUAACACUAUACUCAUACGCAUGCGGGCGCUGGGCGCAGCGCAGGGGGCUGCCGUGGGAGCUUGUGCCGGCUCCUGCAGGGUCCCCGCUGUCACAAGGGCUUUGGGAGGGUCUGCAGAGGCUUUCCCGGUGGAGAGGCGCGUGCUGCGACAGACACGUAUGCGUAUAAGCAUCUCUAAAUCCAUGUAGGAGAUCCCUGCGAGCAAACACAGGGUGCGUGCAACAUGCUGUGUGAUGACUGACAGCACAUUUUUUGCACUGUAGAGGUUUAGUUAGCUUUGCCUUGGAUGAAAUAAAGUUUG